UCCGUCUCGUCGGCCUCUACGCGAAAAAAAUCAAUCGUAUUUUUUUAAAUGCCGAGUACCGAAACGAUCAUUUUAUACCGUUAACGAGUGAAAGAGACGAUCGAUCGGUAAACGAGCAGUGCGUCGAUGAAAUUGUACAAGUGAGAAACGGUUAGUGCCUGGGUCUUUCGUGAUCGAUUCUUGUGUGUAUCCUGUCAAGGUGUUUUCUUUCGUUCUCUUGCAAGGAUAUUAUGCUACCGAUCGCGUGUUCAGCAAGAUCGUUUUGACUCGAGGGACAGUCGACCAUAGAUCUCCAGUAAAAUGCUACCGCAGACUCCUGACAUCAUUCCUACAACACUGAAUCAGCAAAAAUGUGUGAAAGCGCGUGCGGUGUACGACAAUAUCGCAGAAGCACCCGACGAGUUGGCUUUUCGGAAGGGCGACGUUCUGACUGUGCUGGAACAAAACACUUCUGGUCUUGAGGGCUGGUGGCUGUGUGCCCUGCGAGGUAGACAGGGCAUCUGUCCAGGAAAUCGAUUGAAACUUCUGGUCGGCCAAUAUGAUACGGGGGGUUGUUUGGUCGGCAGUAGGGCUGACCUAACCAUUUCUGAAGACGGUAUACAGAGGCAUGGAAAACGGCGUAGCUGGCACGUUCAACCGAACAGGGUAGUGACUCCACAAAAAUGCGGCGAUGUGUACCUUUACGAUCUUCCAGCGAGCCGGGGAAGUCCUGCGCCGCCAUCGAGACACGAUUCACCCUUGAACUCAAACAACGACCAGUUACAUAACACAGGACGAUACACGAUUGGCAGCAGAAGUUCGGUAGAUAAUGGCGGCGACGUGAACGAAUGUUACGACGUCCCGCCACGAGCGAUACCCGUGAUUCCAUCGCCAGCGAGCAGUCCGAGUCCUGCACCGUCUUGCUACGAUAUCCCGAGGCAACCGACCUCCUACACGCCGAACUCAAAUUGCUCUGGAGGAUCCGGUGUUACACCUCUCGAUUGCUACGACGUGCCCAGACAGUUGCAGCCCCUUACACCCAGCAGCUCUGCGUCCAGCCUCACGAACGAUGGAUCUCUCAGCGGAUCGAACCGAUCCAGCCUCGCAGCUCCCGAUUACGAUGUACCUCGAUCGCGUCUUCCAGCUUCUUCGUUGCCGUCCCGGCACAAUACGCCCGUGCCUAAAACACCGACGCCUCCACCUCCGUCGCAAACCCAGCAGAUCUACGACGUUCCGGUCAGCAAGGAGCUUCCCCUGGAACUCGACUCAGCGUUGGAAGGUCUGCAAAAUCUGCAAACCGAGGCUUCGGCAGCGAUAGCCAGGCUACUCGGUUUCGUCAGCCCAGGUUGGAGAACACCCCAACGAUUAGAUGCAACCUUGAUGGAUCUUCGACUAGCCGCUCUUAGGCUCAAAACGUCCCUGCACGACCUGGCCGAAUUCGCAGAAGGCACCCUGGGGAACGCGGGCAAGGCGCCGGACAAAGGGUUGGCCUCGAAACUGCGACCCCUGGUCAAGGCCCUACGUGAUUCCGACAAACUCGUGCAGGAAGCCGCCACUGAGCUGGACGCGAUGGAAUGGGACGCGGGGAAACUCUGUCGCGGGGGUGGCGAUACCCCGACACCUACCAACGGGCCACCGUCCACCCUCCUACCACCCGUGCAACCGGAUCCACUCGAUCAGCUGAUCGCGUGCGCCCGAGCACUCACGGAAGACGUUCGUCAGGUCGCCAGUUUCAUUCAGGGUAACUCGACGCUGCUGUUCAAACGGUCGUCGAUCAUCUCGACCGGCAGCAGCAACAACAGCGGCGCCGGCGAAGAUUACGAUUACGUAAGUCUCGACUCAAGGGAGGUGGUCGAGAAGCAACGCGAGGAUCUCAGGUCGACUCUGCCCCAGGAUCUCAGGGCGACUCUGCCCCAGGAACUUCGUAGUAAUUACGACCAGCUUAUAUCCGAGGCGGACAAUGCGAAGAUUCAAAUGCCACCUACGACACCCACACCCAUAGAUCCCAACGACAAACAAUUGCUGGCUUUCUACGCCGCCCAGGUGAUCACGCAUGGCAACCACCUAACUCACGCCAUCGAUGCUUUCAUGCAAAUUGUCGCGCACAACCAACCACCCAAGGUAUUCCUAGCUCACGGAAAGUUCGUGGUGUUAAGCGCUCACAGGCUGGUGCACAUCGGUGACACGGUGCACAGGAACGUGACCAGAAACGACGUGAAAACAGACGUAUUGAAGUGCGCGAACGCACUGUACGACGCCCUCGCGCAAACCGUGUCGAAGACGAGACAGGCGGCGCAAUUCUUUCCGAACGUGUCCGCGGUUCAAGAAAUGGUCGACAGCGUGGUGGACGUUUCUCAUUUGGCGAAAGACUUGAAGGUCACGAUGAUUCGCGCCGCGCAGCAACCUUGAACGUUUCAAGAUCGAAUCCCAAUUAUCGACACGGAGGAAACCUUGCGACACGCGAGCUGAACAAAAUCCGCCAUUUUUCAUAACGGGACAUCGUAUGCAUGCAAGUUCCUCCGGUUAGGCUUGGAAAUCCUGAUGGUCGAAACCAUUUCUGUUUACAGAAAUAUCGUUAAACGUAACAAUGAGCAGCUAUCAAACUUUUAUACUCGAUCGGUCGAGUUAAAAGUCGAGAUUUUGAUAAGAAAGAAAACGACUGACGAAGCAGGAUACAAACUGAGUCUAGAACGCGACUUUUGAUCGUUUAAUCGACGAUAAAACAAACUUGGACCACGGAAGAAGCGCCGACCACCACCUUUUUCGUUCGACUAACACGAAACUCCUUCCUCCUUUAAUCGCAAUAAAGAGUUCUCGAGGCCUAUCGUUACUUAGAACUACGCAAUUGCCAAAGCACAGGUAUCUAGAAUAUAAGGGAACCUCUUUCGGGAUAAGCGUCUUUGUAAUGUACUUGAGAAUAUAGACGAUGUAACCUUUUAUAGGAAACAUGUAACCGUGUCGUUCGUUAGCUAGAGGUGUGAAAUAAAUUAACGACGUAAAAUGAAAUUGUAGCAUGUGUAGAACGUAUUUGAAAUGGCUCUUAAAAUCGUCGAUACGAGAUUCAUUUCGAACUGUAAUGCGCCGUUGUCAUUGCCAGCGUGUUAAUUGUAAUCGUAAACGUGUACCGUGUAGAUAACAGUCGCAGAACGCAAACAGUUCUGUAUUUGCGCCACUGAUUUGGCACAUUUUCAUUUGUAAGAGUGUGCGAAUACUACUGCCAAACAACUGCACUGGUUAACGUUGUAUCGUUAACCUGGAAAAGUUGAAAAGAGUAACGUAUUUCAAAGCGUCUAAAAUAAAAAGAAACGAUACAGUGAAAACUCGAUAAAUGUCCUCAAGAGCUGUUCCAUAAAUGAUACACU